UAUAUUUUUGGUGAAAUUAUGUAUGGUGGUCAUAUUACAGAUGAUUGGGAUAGAAGAACCAAUGCUACAUAUUUGAAAGUCUUAAUUAAACCAGAAUUAUUAUAACCUGGUUUUAAUUUAGGUCCAGGAUUCAAAUCACCAGAUCCUUCAAAAUUUGAAUAUGAAUAAUAUAAAGAAUACAUUGAAAAGAAAUUACCAAUUGAAUCUCCAUAAAUGUUUGGUAUGCAUCCAAAUGCUGAAAUUGGUUAUUUAACUUAAUAAUGUGAAACACUAUUCAGUACCAUAUUAGAUGUUUAAGGUGGUUCAAGUAGUGGUGGUGGAGGUAAAAAAGAUGAUGGAGUUAUGACUUAAUUAACAUUAUUAAAAUCUACAACUCCUGCUGAUACUAAUUUAAUGGAUGUUACAGCUAAAGCAUCAGAAAAAACACCUGAUCAAAUUGUAUGUUUAUAAGAAUGUGAAAGAAUGAAUAUUUUAUUAGGUGAAAUCAGAAGAUCACUUGAAGAUCUUAGACUUGGUUUAACUGGUGCAUUGAAUAUAACAGAUUAAAUGGAAGCUUUAUCUCUAUCAUUACAAUUCAAUAAAGUACCUGCUAACUGGGAGAAAUUUGCUUAUUUCUCAAGAAAAGGUUUGGCUGCUUGGUUCAAUGAUUUAAUUGAAAGAACCAAUUAAUUAGCAGCUUGGACAUAAGAAAUGGUUACUCCUAUUUCAUUGUGUAUUAGUUAUUUGUUUAAUCCUAUGUCAUUUUUGACUGCUAUCAUGUAAAAGACUGCUAGAGAAUAAGGAUUACCUUUAGAUGAUGUAAGAUAUUAUUAUUUAUAUUAUUUAGAUGGUUUUAUAAACAAAUGUAACAGGUGCCAAAGGACAUGAAGAAGUUACAGUUCCAGCUGAGACUGGUGCUUUUAUCCAUGGUUUAUAUUUAGAAGGAGCUGCUUGGGAAUUAGGUGGUUAAGGAUAAGAAGGAUAUUUGAUAGAAUAGAAAUAGAAGGAAUUACAUCCAAAAUUACCAGUUGUUAAUGUGAUUGCUGUGACAGCUGAUAAAAAGAAAAAGAUUGGAUAAUAUUAAUGUCCAGUUUAUGUAACUUCAAUGAGAGGACCUACAUUUGUAUUUACAGCAAAUCUUAAUAUGGAAAAUGAAGAUUCAGAUGUUUCAAAAUGGAUUCUCAGUGGUACUUGUCUAUUGAUGAGCGAUGAUUGAGGA